CUUCAUCGUAUGUUUAUGUUUACUACAUACGUCGUCGUCAAGAUGGAAUUCACAUCUGAUUAAAUUCAUUUCCUUUGAAAAAAAGAUUCCUUCCAACAUGGCUACAAUCCAACACCUUCACUUAGAAAAUUUACUACUGACCAAAACCAAGAGCAUUUUGGUCGUAUUUUAAUAUCCUUAGUCGUUGUCUAUGAAUAAUUAAUAUGACUUACAGCUCGUUGGUCGUAUUUUCAUAUCUUUAUUCGUUGUCUAUUAAUAAUUACUAUGACUUAUUAACGUAUUCCCUGAUUAGUACAACUAAUAUAAAAUGUUAAUCUUCUUCUCAUAAUAUUCUUGAAGCAAAUUAGCACUGACCGAUCGAUCCAUGGAAGAGGUGAAGAAGGAUGUAUACUCGGUUUGGGCAUUACCAGAUGAGGAAUCGGAGCCCCGAUUCAAAAAGCUAAUGGAAGCUUUGAGAUCCGAAUUCACUGGCCCAAGAUUCGUUCCUCACGUCACCGUCGCCGUAUCUGCUUAUCUGACGGCAGACGAAGCCAAGAAGAUGUUCGAAUCAGCUUGCGACGGUCUUAAAGCUUACACCGCCACCGUUGAUCGCGUCUCCACCGGAACUUUCUUCUUUCAAUGCGUUUUCUUGCUUCUCCAAACCACCCCUGAGGUAAUGGAAGCUGGUGAACACUGUAAGAACCAUUUCAAUUGUUCCACUACCACACCUUACAUGCCGCAUUUGAGCCUGCUUUACGCUGAGUUGACAGAGGAAGAGAAGAAGAAUGCGCAGGAGAAAGCUUACACGCUCGAUAGCAGCCUCGAUGGACUCAGUUUCCGGUUAAACCGACUUGCUCUAUGCAAAACCGAUACCGAGGACAAGACUCUAGAGACAUGGGAGACAGUGGCUGUAUGCAAUCUCAAUCCUUAAGAAAGUCAAAACUUUGGUUCUGAAUCUGUAACAAAAGAUCAUAAUGAACUUGCUUUUGAAUAAUGUAUCGUUUUCUCUAAAACUGAAUAAUAAUGUUACAAUACAACUCCGAUACAUAUUACACCAAACUUGCUAACAACUUCACAUGACGAUUUGCAUA